CUCAAAACAACUGUCAACCAACACACGUUACAAUAAUUGGCGACGGGGUAGAGAAAAUUUUGAACCCUCUAAUUGGACAAGAUUCAGCAUAAUUAUUUUGACCAAUCAGUAUCCAGAUUUGCCAUCGGCGUCUUUGGGAGUCAUUGGUUGUUAAUUGAUUACAGUAUUUCUCACUACCCUACUGAUUCAGAAAAUGACUAUCCUUCCCGAUCAAUUGCAGCUACUACUAGAUCGCCAGCAGCAGUGUUUCAGAGAGAGCCAGUUGAAUGUUUUGGACAAUUUACGCACGCGACUGCUAAAUCUCCCAUGUUUCGAAGAUGUUAAAGAGAUUGACGAAUUAAUUUCUCACUUGCAUACUGAACUCGAGAAUGACUUCAGGACAUGUGAAGAUGAAAACAAAAGCCUCUAUGAAUCCCUUAUGACCAGUAAUGCGAACGAGGCAGUCACUCAUGAUCCGCCCAGCGAUCCAGAAUUGUCCAAUUCAGAAGCAUGCCCUGUUGUGGGUUCAAAUCCCACUGUGCCUGAAACAUGUGAGGUAUCCAGCUUACAAGAAGAACCCCUCGCGCCAGAAAAUGUUUCCCGUGCAUUAAAUAAUGGUCAGAAAUCUAAUACGAAUUUCAAAGAUGCUGUUUAUUUUAGCGACCUAUUACCCACUGAUGGAAUUUUGAAGAGGUUUGAUGAAUAUGUUUCACAAGAAUCAAACCUUAAUGACCUCAUGUCUGGUGUCGCUAAUCCUCAUCAUCAAGUCAGUUUUAGUGAACCCUCUACUCAAUGCGCGAAAUAUGCUUUAAAUAGAGUCAGACUAACUGUUACUUGGGUAUAUGAGGACCCAACGUUAUUUCGCGGGGGAGGACGGACGCAGAAAAUUUUAAAAUCCAGAUGUUAACUCCGGAUCUUCCAAAAAAAAGGGGAGGUGUUAGGAUAGUCGGAAAAAUAUACCAAUAAUUAUCGUGUUAAGUCUACGGUGGCCUUGGACCUUAAAUGUACAUUUC